AUGUCGAAUGUUAUUGGAAUAAACCCAGAGUGUUUACAGUAUUCGAAACAAGAUUUUCAAGUUUCGGUAGCUGUGUAUAAAGCACGCCAUCUGCAGGUCCUCAAUGCGGAUACUUUCGUACUGGUGUCGUUGGCUGGUAAAUACAAACGGACCAAAAUGGCAUAUCGAACUGAUUGUCCUUACUUCAACGAUUAUUUUAGUUUUGAGCUGCGCACCACCAAACAGGAGCUAUUGAAGAAAAGUGUCCUCUUCCAGUUAUAUCGUGCCGCCACGUGCACUACGAUGGGUUCCUGCGUCGGAAGAUUCAGCAUCGAUCUUCGAACAAUAUGGGACCAAAUCAAUCAUGGGUUCAUCAGGAAAUGGGCCUCCUUCGAUCCAGUGGAAAACCCUUCUACGGGUGGCUUUCACCAGGGGGUUUUGAUGAUCGACGUGUUCAUAGUACCCUCGUAUGAAACGCCAACUCCAGUGAUUUUUGAUAAGAUUGAUUUUGACGUCAUCGAGAGUAAUUUGUUGAUGCCGUAUGAAAACUGUUCCACAGCACGUCGAGUGCAAUACAGUUGUAGUAUACGUAGCUGCCAUUUCACUAGGGCUGCUAAAUAUGUCAUACAAAUCUCGUAUUCAGGACAAAAAGCACGUACAAAGUCCAGUCCUUUCGAUAAAACAGUCAACUGGAAUGAAAAGCUAUCGUUCAACGGAACUUUUCCUUCGGUGAAUCAAAAUUUUCUCAUAGAUCUAAUAACGGUUGACUGCUGUUGUUGCAGUACGGUUGCAACCAAAAACAUAAACUUCUCAUCAAUCUCGAAACGCAUAUCCGGAAUCGAUCAAUUACCAACCUUCGGCCCGACGUGGAUUUACUUUUAUCAUGGACCGCAGCAAACAUACUUUGCUGGAAAGCUUCUCAUAUCGAUUAGCAGUGAAGUAGCGCCGGUUCAAUCCGUUACAUAUCGUAAGCCGCAGACGACUAGUAUCCUGGAUGCCUUUGCAGCUUCAAACUAUUGGGAGGAAAAAACAUUCGUGGCCAAGAUUUCCAUUACCGGUCUGCAAUUGUUCCAUCACAUUCAGACACCGAGCGUCUUGCUGUAUCUCACAUGGGGUGAAAUUUACUCGGAAUCAGUUAACGUGGCGAUGGAUAGAUUUGAAGACGGUUAUGCGGCACAUAAUCAAGCCAUGCGAUCUGGCUGUGCGCAACUUACCAUUGCCAUACGCGCACCUGACUAUAUGCACAAGUAUUUUCUCAAAGCAACCGUUGUUAAUGUCUACAAUAGUGUGAAAAAUGUGAUCGAAACACUGAACUUUUAUAAACAACAACGUGUAUUUAAUGACAAUGCGAUGAAACAAUACUUGAAUAAUUGUAUGAUUGCGUUAGAGACAACAUUCGGCGAGGCAAUAGAAACAGUGAGCUCGGGCAGCUACAAAAAGCAUACAAAAUGGGACCAAAUGACUAAAGAUUAUGUCGUUGAUUAUUUGGUCGUCAACCAAACUAGAAUUUGCCAUCUCCAGCACGAAGUUCAAGAAAAUGAGCAUUCAAACAAUAUUCAUGCUACCAUAAAAUGUUUAUUAGAUGAGCUAAAUGCAAUUCGGACGGACUUGCAAAACCUUUCACACGACGAACAAAAUCGGCUUCCAGAUAUUCUGUUGCAUUUUGCUCGUCCCACACGAGGGUCGCCGGAUGCAGUUCACCGGUUCAAUACGAUUGAUUACCUAUCUGCGACAAGCACUUUGGGCGUGACUAGCUUGCUGGGCGGAAAACGAUGCACAAUUCUCCCGAGAUCACUGAAUUGCCGUCAUUCUUGUCCGGAUCAAUGCGGUUGUAUCCACGCAAAGUUGGACUACGUAAUGGUAAUCGAGGCUGAACCAAAUGGCGAUUUUUCAUCACCGCAAGUGCACGCGGAGGCAAAUCACGGCACUGAACAUGCUGCAAACCUUCAGCGGACUGAUUUCCACAUAGGAUCCUUGCAGGUUGACUGUAAGAUUCACGUACACCAGGGACGAUUUUUCAGCACGCACGAUGAGAAUCAACUGUCUGAUGCCAAACUGACUGUUCUUUUCGAAAACUAUGAAACCACAUUUUCACUUCGGGCGUUGGGAUUUUUAGAAUCUUCGGUAACCUGGGACCAGGUCGCUAAUCUUCAAACCGAAGAAGAUGAACUUAAUGUGCAUCGCUUCAACACGGUUUUGCGCUGGGUUCCGAUGUACAAUAAUGGCAUUCGAGUGGCGGAAAUACUCAUGUCUUGCAACAUUUUGGAGGUGCAGACGACGGAAAGAAGUCAAACAGGUGUUGGUGUCGAAUGUUUUCUGGUGCAAAGUUUGCCACAGGAAAUUGCUCCUCAGUUUUGUGUCUUCACUCUGCGUGUGUCCUUCGAAGGCCUUCGCCAAAUUUAUCGUAAACCAUGUGCCACGUUCAAAAGAAUGCGUGUCCUUGUAAUGGUUGGAAAUGGAACUGUAAUAAGUGGCUACUCGGGAAUAGUUCACGGUCACAGUGUCAACUUUCCAGGUGGAUGCGAAACCACCUCUCUGAAUCUUCCGCUUGAAACACACUACUGGCCAUCGGUCAUUAUAAAACUUGUAGACUAUUCUGAUACCAAAAGACCAACAGUUGUCAGCCUAGCCAUCGUUACGAAUCCAGAGUGUUUUCUGGAAAUCACACAACCACCGGUCAGGAUGGAUGCGAUAGAUGGACAGCCUGCAAUAAUUGAUGUUACCCCUAGCUCCACCGACGAUCCUGAUCGUGCUGGGACCAGUUGGGUAACACCUUUGCCAAACAUCGCCACUCUGAUAGCAUCAAAAGUAAACGCAUACAAACCGAACACAACUACCAAAUCAACCCGCAAACUCCGCCGGAGAACUAGCUCUAAUACGCAGACUUGGUGGACGAAAUUUUACUCCAGCUUACAGGAUAGAAUUUUUCAGAGUACUUCUACUCCCAUUAAUCUUGCGGUUUAAUAGGUGUACGAUAGAGAACUGGAAAACGUUACAAAAUUUAGUGGAUUUAAGGAUUGGAGUGGAAAAUACCCAUUGUAUAAAGUUAAACGCACCAACGACUCGCUACUUCAAAACGACCUGUUUGGUUUUGUGAAGUGCAAAAUUUCUAUAGUGCCCGAAGAUUUGGCACCAUUAACGGCAUCCGUAAGUUUCAAACCAUCUUCGUCGGUAACUUCGCAUGGCGGUUAUGUAGUCGUCGUUGUUUACGUGGUCCAGGCACUAAACCUAGCAUCGCGAGAUGUGUCAUCAGAAUCGGAUGCUUACAUUGUUCUCACCUACGGUAAGCGAUGUGUGCGGGACCGGGCAUACUACAUUCCCAAUCAAUCGUCACCGGUGUUUGGCAGACGGUUCGAGCUAGAAGGUGAAUUUCCAAGGGAUCAAAUGUUACAGCUGUCCAUUUACGAUCGUGACUUUGCAUCGCCCGAUGACCUCAUAGGAAGCACCUUCAUUGACAUUGAGGAUCGAUUUCGCAGCAAGCACCGGCCGGGCUUCGGGUUACCGAAAGUGUACACUACUCAGGGCUACAACCAGUGGCGCCAUGUACUAAAGCCGUCCCAAAUGCUACAGCGGCUACUUGAGGACCAUCGUCUUCCGUUUGCUCCCCGAAUUGAAGGAUCCAAAAUAAUGGUCGGUUCUGCAGAGUUCGCAGCCGACGAGAUCGAUGCGCACGAAAGUCAAUCGGAGCAGCUGUGCCUUCUGGCGUUGAAUAAUUUUGAACAGCUCGCCGAGGGCUGCUCGCUCACACCGGAGCACGUGGAAACGCGUUCGUUGUAUCACCCGAAACGGGGCGGAAUCGAACAGGGCAAAGUUCAGCUGUGGGUCGAGAUUUACGAACCGGAUCUCCCGCAUCCGCGGCCACUUGAUAUCACACCGCAACCCCCGAGGCCUUACGAACUUCGUCUUAUUGUCUGGAAUACGGCCGACGUAGUGUUAAACGAGCGCAAUAUUUUCGGUACCGAGAUGAGUGACAUCUACGUUAAAUGCUGGUUGCAGGAGUUCACGGAAGCCCAGUCCACGGACGUUCAUUACCGGUCGCUCACCGGAGAGGGAAACUUUAACUGGCGCAUGAUAUUUCCGUUCCACUACUCGCCCGCCGAUGCCACGAUGGUAAUCCGACGCAAAAAGGCGUUCUACGAGCGAUUCGAUACCGAGAUCAAGUAUCCACCGGUGGUGAGCGUGCAAAUUUGGGAUAAUGACUCCUUUUCGGCGGAUGAUUUUCUUGGCACGCUGGAGCUGAAUCUGUCCCGCCUGCCGCCACCGGCCAGUAACGCCGAUAGGUGCAAGCUGCAUGAGGGCUUCGGGGUGAAAAAUCAACGUUUCGUUAACCUCUUCGAGGAGCAGCGCGUUAAAGGCUGGUUUCCGGUACAUGGACGCAGCGCGAACCGGAAGGACGAGAGCUCAGAGCGAACGAACGACAUAGUAUUGACGGGCAAGAUUGAGCUAGAACUAGAAGUACUAAGCCAAGGAGCUGCCGGCCAGAGCCCGGUCGGUAUGGGCCGGAAUCCACCGCACCAUCUUCCCGAACCUCUGUAA